UUUGGAAAAGACCUGGAGAAGAACAUCAUAGCUCUCAUCACACACUCAGAUGGAAGAAAACCUGAAAAUGUUCUUCAGGCUCUUCAUGCAGCAAACAUAAAAUGUGCUAAAAAUGAGAGGAAGCAGCCUCUGUACUUCCUGUUUGAUAACCAACAGAGCAAACAGCGAAAACAGGAAACUGAUAUGGUUUUAAAGAAUGCAUGGAAAGUGACAGGUAGGGGAAUGAGUCAGUUUACAGACUUUCUGGAAAAAUCUGGACCUCAGAAACUGAUGACAACAGUUGAAGUGUUGAAUUCACGAAUCAGACUGACAGCCUGCAUCAACAACCUGCAAGACAGAAUCAAGUUGAUUGAACUGAAACAGACAGAGAUCACACAAACUCAAGAAGCUCUGAAAAAACAUGAACAAGAGAUGAAGAAGAAUGAAGAAUUCACUGUAGAAUUUGAGGAGGUCUUCAAAGAUAAAGAAACUAUUGAUGGUGGGAAGUGGUGGCUGGUGUUUUUCAAAGGAGCUAUUACCUGUAAAGUCUGUGAAGAGAACUGUCACUAUCCAUGCACGAUGGUCCCAAGUCCUGAGAAAUGUGUGGUGGUGAAAGGAGGCCACUGCACUGUUUGUACUAGGAAAUGUCCUGCAUCAGAUCAUGUGAAAGAAGAGAAGCUCUAUGUCAACAAGACCAGGAGAGUUCGGAGGAUUGUAAAAGAAAUGAAAGAGAAGUAUGAAAAGAAUAAAGCUGAAAGUGAGAAGAAGUCGAGCCUCUUGGAAAAUCUGGAAAAGGAAAUGAAAGACCUGACAGCAGAGAAGACUCGGUGGCUUGAAGAGUCCUACCAACAUGUUGUCAGACUGGAGCAGAUCGCCCUGAAUGUGGAUUCAGUGUCCACUCAUGUCCACUUGGACUUCCUGAUUGAGAAGAUGAAGGAGAAAGGAGACACAGAGAAGGUCCAGAAACUGGAGGAGAUGAGGAAGAGAGUGGAUGAAGGAACCAGAGCAGGACUGAGGUACAUGUUUGGAAAACUGGCAGCUGGUAAACCAGUUAAAGAAACAGUGAAGUAGGUGAAGAACCUCAUUCUGACCUUUCAUUGGUCGAUGCUCUUCAUCAAAACAUCACUAAAAUAAAAUAGUUAAGUGUAAUGUUAAUUUAAUAACUACAUUACUAAAAAGACAUGUGCAAUGGUAGAUGAAAAAUUCAGAUCCUUCCUUCAUAUUACAUGUUUGACUAAAAGUAACGAUACCAAAACAUCAAAAUACUUUAUUACCAGUAAAUGUUCUGCAGUGAAACUGUUACUUAAGUAAAAUUACUCAAGUCUUACAAGUAAAAUGAGUUUUCAGUUGAGGAAAAUGGCCUCUGCUGGUGUCAUAUUAUUAAUCAUGUUACUGGAUUAUUUUUCUGUUGUGUUGAUGUAUUAGCAGAAUUUUCCUGUUGUAGCUGGGAUGGAGCUGAUAUUAAUUACUUCAUACACUGUCAGGUAGUCGUAUGUUACAUAUGAAAAUACAUUUUAUCUUGGUUCUUUAGUUUAAAUUCCAUAUGUUUUAUGUUUGUCAAAUUUUACUUUGGAUGUCAGAUAAAUGUAGCAACUAGUAGAGCAGAAGCUUAAAGAAGCAAAAAACGUAAAUACUCCAGUAAAGUACACGUACAUCCGGUUUGUACUUACACUUAAAUACUUUCCAUUAGUGAAAAUUAAACCUUUUAAAUUUAAAGUGGGUAUCUCUGUGAAACCUUUCUACUUAGUGAUGAUUGUUGCAUCAGUGUGUUCACAUGGACUUCAGUAAUCUGAUUACAGUCAGCUCUCUGUAGUAAUCUGAUUACAGUAAAUUUUUCUGCAGUAAUCUGAUUACAUUCAGCUCUGCAGUAAUCUGAUUACAGUCAGAUCUCUGUAGUAAUCUGAUUACAGUCAGCUCUCUGCAGUAAUCUGAGAAAUCUGGUUUUCCAGCUACAUUUCAGCUGCAGAACAAAGUUUUCUUGCUCAUAUAUGAGGAUAAUUACCUUUCUAAUAAUCUUCAACAUGUACAGGACAAAGACUUCAAACAGGGACAGAUACAGUGAGUCUUCAUUACUCUGACUGAUGUGUCCUCAUGUUUAAAAUGGCUCCACCCAAAGUCUGAAACUAAGAGUCUGAAUAAGUCAGAUUCCAGGACAUUUAAAAUAAUGAAUCCAUGUUUCGAAAA